AUGGCAUCCUCUCCCACGCACUUGUGCAUCUCUCAUGAUCCUUCGUACUCCACGUCUCUCAAUCUCCAAACCCAACAAUCGAGCUUCGGUUACAAGGACAAAGUAAAGGACUUCGAGAAAACCCAGUUGAGAAUUCCCGCUUCUUUCAGAAAAAAAGCUGUCAACUUGCAAAUGAUGGCAUCAGGAAAGACACCUGGACUGACUCAGGAAGCUAGUGACAGUACUUAUGAGGAUAAAAUUGAUAGUGAAAAUAACACUGAUGUGUUUGACGACAUGAAACAGCGGUUCCUCGCCUUCAAGAAGCUUAAGUACAUGGAUAACUUAGAACACUACAAAAAACUGGCAGAUGCUCAAGCUCCAAAGUUUCUGGUGAUUGCUUGUGCAGACUCUAGGGUUUGUCCUUCAGCCGUCCUGGGAUUUCAACCUGGUGAAGCAUUCACUGUUCGUAACAUUGCAAAUUUAGUACCUUCAUAUGAGUCUGGACCUACUGAAACUAAAGCUGCUCUCCAGUUCUCUGUGAAUACACUUGAAGUGGAGAACAUCUUAGUUAUUGGUCAUAGCCGCUGUGGAGGAAUUCAAGCUUUAAUGAGCAUGGAAGAAGUAGAUUCCAGCAGAAGUUUCAUACAUAACUGGGUAAUUGUGGGGAAAAAGGCAAAGGAAAGCACAAAAGCUGUUGCUUCAAACCUCCAUUUUGAUCAUCAGUGUCAACAUUGUGAAAAGACAUCGAUAAAUCAUUCAUUAGAAAGACUGCUUGGUUAUCCCUGGAUAGAAGAGAAAGUGCGGAAAGGAUCACUGUCGCUCCAUGGUGGGUACUAUGACUUUGUAAACUGUACAUUUGAGAAAUGGACCGUUGAUUAUGGAGGAAGCAGAGGCAAGAAAGAAGGCAGUGGGAUUGCUGUUAAAAACCAGUCUGUUUGGUGA